AUGUGGUUCGCCUACGGCACUGGUAUAUGCGUGAUUGUCAGUAUCAAGCACAAAAAUGGAUGGCACCAACGAGCUCUCACGGACGCCGAAUUCGUCUCGCUCUGGAAACCCCUUUUCGCACAUAUUUUGAUCUACUCGACAACGGUUACUUUGACCAAAUCCUCGAACAUUAUGAUUUAUCGUCGCAUUUUCAACCUGCGCUGGUCGUUGUAUUUUGCUAUGGCUAUCAUUAUAGGCUACUUUGUCGCUGUCAUCGUCACCGCCGCCGCUGCAUGGCGCCCUGCAUCAUAUUUCUGGCAGAAAUACACAGACCACCGCUGA